AUGGCAUGCAAGCUUGUUACACUGUUCUUUUUUGUUAAUCUCCUAAUGCAAAUACCAAAAGUAAGGGCAACAGUUCCUGCAAUUAUCGUUUUCGGAGAUUCUACGGUGGAUCCAGGGAACAACAACCAAGUAUCUACAGUUCUAAAGAGCAACUUCGAGCCAUAUGGUAGGGAUUACUAUGGUGGUCAGCCAACAGGACGUUUUUCUAAUGGAAGGAUUGCAACAGACUUCAUUUCUGAAGCCCUCAGGAUCAAGCCAGCCAUACCUGCAUAUCUGGACCCGAAGUAUGACAUAGAAGAUUUCGCCACUGGAGUUUCCUUUGCUUCAGCCGGGACUGGUUAUGACAAUGCCACUUCUGAUGUGCUAUCUGUCAUACCAUUUUGGAAGGAACUGGAGUACUACAAAGAAUAUCAGAACAAGCUAAGAAAACAUCUAGGCAAAGAUGAAGCUAAUCAACGUUUUUCUGAAUCAUUGCACCUAAUAAGCAUAGGAACCAAUGACUUUUUAGAGAACUACUACAUUUUGCCUACCAGAUCUUCGGAGUAUUCAGUUGACGAGUAUCAGAGCUUUCUGAUAGGAAUUGCCAGCAAUUUCAUCAGAGAGCUUUACAAGCUCGGAGCUCGGAAGGUAGUCAUUGGCGGCCUUCCUCCAAUGGGAUGCUUACCAUUGGAAAGAACAACAAAUAUGUUCUUUGGAAGUGACUGUAUCAAUGAGUAUAAUGAUGUGGCUAAAGAUUUCAACAAGAAGUUACAGGGUGCAGUCACAGAGUUGAAACAGGAGCUUGGUGGAAUCCAUCUGGUUAUGUCAAGCCCCUACGAUAAGCUCAUGGAAAUGAUUCGGAAUCCAAGUCACUUUGGAUUUGAAGAUGCAGAAACAGCAUGCUGUGGGACUGGAUUCUUCGAAAUGAGUUACCUGUGUGAUAACAUGAACCCAUUUACAUGUUCAGAUGCCAAUAAGUAUGUAUUCUGGGAUGCCUUUCACCCGACAGAGAAAACAAAUGCCAUUUUGGCUGAUUAUGUGGUCAAAACUACCCUAGCCAAGUUCCGAUAAUUACUAGAAGUAAAAGAAAGAAGCGCUUCUUCAUUGUUGUAGAACUAGUAUUAGUAGGCAUUAUAUUUACUAUUGCCUUUUCAACUACAUCCAAUGAAGGAAAAUAUAUAAAACAAUAAGUCAACUGGAAGAA